UGACUGACAGACAACAACAGUCCAAACUGACCAAACCAAAACCCACGCUGAAGACUUCCAGUGAGCCGUGUUGGAAAAGAAAAAGAAGGAAAGAAAAGGAAGUUUAAGAAGUUGGAUUAACCCACUGAGGAUCUGUUCUACAGAGGUUUGAAGUCUGUUGUUUUUGUUUUUUUUUUGGUUUUGGAGGUCACCAUGAAAAGCCUGGAUCUGCUCCUGCUGGCAUGUUGCUUAUGCAGCCUGAGCACAUUGGGAGGUGCCUCUGAAAUGGAGCAGACUCUGAUGAAGAAGCUCUUCACCAACUACAACCAUAAGGUCCGACCAGCAUCCAGCCCUGAGGAGAGGGUGGUGGUCCGCGUGGGUAUGAUCCUCUCCUCCUUCGUUGGACUGAAUAUGAAGAAUGAAGAAAUGAGCACAGUUGUUGUCAUGAAUCUGGAAUGGACAGAUCAUCGGUUGUCAUGGAAACCCAAGGAGCACGAUGGGAUUGAGGUGUUGCGUAUCCCCUCUGGGAAGGUUUGGCUGCCUGACAUUGUCCUCAUCAAUAAUAAUGAUGGGGUGUUUGACGUGGCCUUGCAUGUCCAUGUUCAGGCGUAUAGUAAUGGCAGAGUAACCUGGACGCCCCCUGCACUAUACUGCAGCUCCUGUGGAGUUAAGGUAACAUAUUUCCCGUUUGACUGGCAGAACUGCACCAUGCAGUUCCGCUCUUACACCUACGACUCGACAGAGAUCGACCUGCAGUAUGCACUGGACUCAAGAGGCAACGAGAUACGGGAGAUCCAACUGGACGAGUCUUUUAGUGAGGGCGGCGAGUGGCACAUCAGACACAAGCCGAGCAGGAAGAGCAUGAACGAUGAUCUGUACGAGGACAUGAUCUUCUACCUGAUCAUUGAGAGGAAGCCUCUGUACUACGUCCUGAACAUCAUCCUCCCCUGUAUUCUCAUCACCAUCAUCGCCAUCUUUAACUUCUACCUGCCUCCUGAUGCAGGUGAGAAGAUGGGUCUGUCCAUCAAUGUCCUGCUGACCCUCACCGUCUUCCUGCUGCUGCUGGCUGAUAAGAUCCCUGAGACUUCACUGGGCGUCCCCAUCAUCGUCAACUACAUCAUGUUCACCAUGAUCCUGGUCACCUUCUCCGUCAUCCUCAGCGUGGUCGUCCUCAACCUGCAUCACCGCUCCCCCAACACCCACCUGAUGCCCAUGUGGGUCCGUAAGAUCUUCAUCCACACGCUGCCUCCUUAUCUCGGCAUGCUGCGGCCAAAAGUGGAGACCCCCUUGUCCCUGGAGAGCAUGCCCCGUCGAGAGAAGAAGAAGCUCGCCAUCAGCAAAGUGGCUGAUGAGUACUUCAUCCGGAAACCAGACUCCUCCGUCCUGUUCCCUAAGCCCAACAGGUUUCAGCCAGAGGGGAUGUGUACGGACCUAAGAAAAUUUAUUGACGGCCCCAGUACCUAUCUUUCGUUACCUGACGAGCUUAAGUCGGCCAUAGAUGCCAUCACGUAUAUUGCAGAGGCUCUGCAGGCUGAGAAGGACUAUGAAGCUCUGAAGGAGGACUGGCAGUACGUGGCUAUGGUGGUGGACCGCAUGUUCCUCUGGAUCUUCGUCGUCUUCACCACUGUGGGAACCUUGGCCAUCUUCGCCGACGCCAGCUUCAACCACACACCCACCGACCCCUUCAAGGCCCCAUGAAGCAUAGGAACUUUUGUCUGUCUUGAACCAUCUGCUUCUAAAAUAGGAGGGAAGAAGAAAUCACUGCAUUAAACUGCCAAAUGAUUUUCUGUGCCAGUUAAAACUUCUAUUUACUUUUCUCACACUGGCAGACCUGAAAUGACCUUUAAGAUGUUUCCCUCAUUCAUUUGAAUGCAGUGUUGAAAAUGCAGAUGAAAUACACAUUGACAAUAUUCUGCAGUCGUGUCAAACUAUAAUUUCUAAUACAACACUUUAAUGUUUGGACCAUACGGAAGGUAAAGACUGUGAUUUUAACCUCAUACCUCACCUUGAGGUUUCUCAGCUGAAUGCUCAAGAACUUCCCUCAAAGAACUUCUCUUAAACUAAUGUUAGCCAGCCCGACAUGUAGAAAUACAUUUAUGCCGUGAUUUUUAGUGUGUUAGCUACAGUAGGAUCCAGCAUUUGAGAUAUAUAUAUAUGUGGUGUUAUCACAUAAACACCAAGGCAAACCAGAUGCUAUAAUGAGCACGUUGUAUGGCUUUCAUUUCCCUGUGUUAGAAUGUGCCGGAGUGUGGCACAUGCUUUGUGGAUAUAUAUGCGCCCGUAGUAAUCCUCUUUGUAUUUUCGGCACUGGAGUGUGUGUCUGUGUGUGUGUGCGGAGUGAGGAACGGCACGCCAACUCAAUUCACCAGCUGCACCAAUAGCCUGUGGAAUUCCCAUCCCAUCGAAGACAUGUGCCUUUCAGUGUUUUGCUUUCUUGCAAACACACACACACACCACACACACCACAUGUCCUUUUCAAUUCUCUUACAUGACACAAAUGCACACCUGCCCUUUUAAUCCUGUGCUCUCAUUUUUUUUUGUUGUUGUUGUUCUCAUUUUUUUUAAAUAAAGA